AUGCUCCAGAACGCACACCACCAAUGCCAAGGAGCACCAUCGCAGGCACGUCAUCUCUCGGCCAACAUCAGAAGCAGCGCGAAGGCCCAGCACUGGGCAGCGGUCUUGAGCCUGUUGCGAAGUGCAACCGCGUCGCGAGUCGACGUCCAGUUGUCUGUCUACACUGUCGGUAUGACCGCUUGCGCAAAAGGCCUGCGGUGGCAGCAGGUGCUGGCGCUGCUCCGGGAAAUGCCGCAGGUGAGCCUCGAACCAGAUCGCAUCAGCUACACCUGCGCGAUAGCUGCCUGCGAGAGGUGCAAGGAGUGGCAGCAGGCGUUGUCGCUGCUGAGGAACCUGCAGCAGGAAAACUUAGACACCAACGCAAUAGUCUACAGCAGUGUCAUGAGCGCGUGUGAGAAGGGCGGGCAGUGGCAGCAGGCGCUGUUGUUGCUCACGGAAAUGAGGCACGAGAAGAUAGAAGCGGAUUCAGCUACAGUGCUGGGAUCAGCGCGUGCGAGAAAGGCAGGCAGUGGCGGCGGGCUUUGGCGCUGCUCAGUGGCAUGCGGGAGGCGAGGUUGGAGCCCAAUGCCAUCAUCAAUAUGCUACAACGCUGGGAUCAGCGCGUGCGAGAAAUGCGAGCAGUGGCAGCGGGCUCUCCUGCAGCUUGUCGAGAUGUGCGAGGCGACCGUGGAGCCCAGUGCCAGUCCUGGUCAGCUACAGCGCUGGGAUCAGCGCGUGUGCGAAAGGCGAGCAGUGGCAGCGGGCUGUGUCGUUGUUCAGCGGCAUGUGCGAGGCAAAGCUGGCGCCCACCGUCAUCAGCUACAGCGCUGGGAUCAACGCGUGCGCGAAGGGCGAGCAAUGGCAGCGGGCCUUUGUUCUGCUCAGAGAGAUGCGGGAGGCAAGAUUAGAGCGUAG